AUGGCUCUAAAAUAUUUUGCCAACAUUUUAUUCCUUCCCCCCAUGAGUCUUGACAUUGGCGAGUUAGCGGCACUGGCCCAGGCAAAGACCCAAUUGGCGUCUGUCUGGGUGCUGAACUACUACCAUACGCACUCUACCUACGAAUUGGCCAGAGACCUGAUCAUCUUGUCGUAUGUUCUUGGAUGGUUGACUAAUAUCCUGCGGCUCACGUACGCAUACGGUCUUUGGCGGUCAAUCAAGAACCUGUAUCGGUACACUGCCAAGAGGUUCUACAAGAAGACUCUGGAGCUUCCCUUCUUGAAGAAGAAGGUCGCAUCUGAGGUGGACCACGCCAAACACGAGCUGGAAAAGUCCCUCAUUGUUAAGGCCAAGACCUCCUUCAACGAGGUGCCAGAGUUCGGGCUCACGGAAAAAGAGGUGUUCCAGAAACUGGAGGACCUCAACAACAUUGCUGCCGCCAACUGGAAGGGCGGAAAACUAUCCGGUGCAGUGUACCAUGGCGGCGACGAGCUUAUCGACCUGCAGUCCAAAGCUUAUCAUAAAUUUGCGGUUGCAAACCAGCUGCAUCCCGACGCAUUCCCGGGAGUUCGCCAAAUGGAAGCCGAAGUUGUGUCGAUGGUUCUGAAACUGUUCAACGCUCCGUCCACUGGCUGUGGAACCACCACUUCGGGCGGAACCGAGUCGUUGCUCCUGGCCUGUCUUGCAGCCAGAGAGAAAGCCCGGCACGAGCGCGGGCUUUCCGAGUUCGAGAUCAUCGCUCCCAAGACGGUACACGCCGCCAUCUUCAAGGCCGCGCUUUACUUCAAGAUGAAGCUCCAUCUGGUCGACUUGGACGAGAACUACAUCGGAAACAUCACCCAGGUCAAACGGCUUAUUAAUCGAAACACAUGUUUGUUGAUCGGCUCUGCUCCAAACUUCCCUCAUGGACUCGUUGACAACAUCGAGGAGCUCUCCAAGCUCGCUGUCAAACACAACAUCCCGCUCCAUGUGGACUGCUGUUUGGGCUCGUUUGUGAUCGCCUACUACGAAAAAGCGUUCCAGUCGUCGCUAAAGCCGUUCGACUUUAGACUCCCGGGCGUCACGUCCAUCAGUUGCGACACCCACAAGUACGGCUUUGCUCCAAAGGGCUCCUCCAUUAUCAUGUACCGCUCCAACGAGUACAGAAAGUACCAGUACUUCGUGUCCACCGAAUGGGUGGGAGGUCUGUACGGAUCGCCUACGCUUGCUGGCUCCCGUCCCGGAGCACUGACGGUCGGCGCCUGGGCCACUAUGGUGUACAUGGGCGACGACGGGUACACGAGAGCGUGCCAGGACAUCAUCUUGACCGCCCGCAGACUCAGACAAACGGUUGACGAGGAGAUCCCCGAGCUCGAGAUCAUUGGAGACCCGCAAUUGUCUGUUGUUUCGUUCAAGUCCAGCAAGCUGAACAUCCACAAGCUCGGAGAUCGUUUGGGCAAGGACGGCUGGCAUCUGAGUGCGUUGCAGGACCCGCCGGCUUUGCAUCUGGCCGUCACCAAGCUGACUGUGCCUGCCAUUGACCGGCUAUUGGAAGACCUGAAGGUGGCAGUCAAGGAAGUCUCGCUAGAAGAUAACACUACCACUUCCGACACCGCACAGCUGUACGGUGUGGCCAACAGUCUGCAAACAGGAUCCGUGGCCGACAAGCUGAUCACGUGUUUCCUGGACACUCUGUACAAGACAGAGCCUAGUACGUAA